UUUUUAGAAAGAUCUACUUCUCUUUCUUGAUCCCAAGCACUUGUUUCUAAUGGUCGUCUGUCCUUCCCCUUGCCUUUUAUUCAGUGGGCAUGCAGCAGCCUGCCAUGUGGCACACAGCUGCCAUGGAUGACUUCUCUGCCUUCCAGAGGAAAUGGUUUGAGGUUGCCUUUGUGGCAGAAGAGCUCCUGCACUCGGAAAUCCCUGCGUUUUUCCUGCCCUGGCUGCCCAGCCGCCCAGCCUCCUAUGCAAGUAGGCACAGUUCCUUUAGCCGCAGUUUCGGAGGACGGAGCCAGGCAGCUGCAUUAUUAGCUGCCACAGUGCCUGAGCAACGGACAGUGACACUCGACGUGGAUGUGAAUAACCGCACGGACCGGCUGGAGUGGUGCAGUUGUUAUUAUCAUGGCAAUUUCUCCUUGAAUGCUGCCUUUGAAAUCAAGUUACACUGGAUGGCAGUGACUGCAGCUGUUCUUUUUGAGAUGGUUCAGGGUUGGCAUCGGAAAGCCACAUCCUGUGGAUUCCUGCUGGUUCCAGUCCUGGAAGGCCCCUUUGCAUUGCCCAGCUACUUGUAUGGAGACCCACUUCGAGCUCAGCUGUUCAUCCCACUCAAUGUUAGCUGCUUGCUGAAGGAGGGUAGUGAGCACUUGUUUGAUGGCUUUGAACCAGAAACAUACUGGGACCGUAUGCAUCUCCUGCAGGAAGCAAUAGCAUACAGAUUUGGGAUUUGUGCAGGAUAAAUACUCGGCUUCUGCAUUCAACUUUCCAGCUGAGAACAAGCCUCAGUAUAUCCAUGUCACAGGGACAGUGUUUUUGCAGCUGCCAUAUUCCAAGCGGAAAUUUUCUUGUGGGCAGCAGCGACGCCGGCGCAACUCCACAAGCUCCACCAACCAGAACAUGUUCUGUGAGGAGCGCAUUGGCUACAACUGGGCCUACAACACCAUGCUGACAAAAACAUGGCGGUCCAGCGCCACCGGGGAUGAGAAGUUUGCUGAUCGGCUGCUGAAAGACUUCACAGACUUCUGCUGGAACAAAGACGGCCGGCUCGUGCUCUUCUGGACCGACUGCCUGGAUAAGAUGCAUGCCAGUGCUCCGUGAGAUAGGGCUUUAUUUCGUAAGGAGAAAGCUUUACCUUGUGGCAAGGAAGCAGAGGGAGAGAAUUACUGGAAAAGAGCCCCUCUGAUGGUUUCAUCCUGUGGCUCCAAGGGGACCUGAUCAAUAUAGCUGUUGAUAUUCAACAGAAUUUGAUUAAGCCCUUGGAAAAAGAACCUGAGCUCUUGGCUUGCCCAUACCUGUCACCUGACCUCUGCUUGGUAUCAAGUUGCUGCAGUCCUCAGUUGCCAGAACUUCAGUUAGAGCAGAGGUAGAGCAAGAAAAGUGCAAGUGGUCUUCAAGGGCAGUUCCAUUCCACAGAGUGAUGGGGGCAGCUAAUGGGCACUGGAAGUGGUCGGUGCUGUUUGCCUACCAUGGCAGGCUGCAGCCCCUCUCUUGUCCUCUUGAGGUGUACCUGGUUGUGUGAAUAUGUAUGAUAAAGUGUGAGAGAUGGCUGUUAAAUUUCAUACGUGUAAAUAAGUAAAAAUGCUGAAAAUUGA